AUGGGGUUUCGCAUCACGACGUGGAACGUUAACGGGAUUCGAAACCCAUUCUCCUACGAGCCAUGGAGAGGAACUCGGGCCUACGAGUCCAUGUUCGAUAUCCUAGAAUCGGAUAUCGUGGUUCUCCAGGAGACCAAAAUCCAACGAAAAGACCUCCGAGAUGAUAUGGUCCUGGUCCCGGGAUGGGAUUGCUAUUUCAGUCUGCCCAGAGUCAAGAAGGGAUACUCUGGAGUCGUGAUAUACACGCGCAAUGCGACCUGUGCGCCAAUCCGUGCUGAAGAGGGCAUCUUCGGUGUUCUAUGCCCACCCAAUUCAUCAGUGCCUUUCCGCGAUCUCCCAGAGGACCAGCAGAUUGGAGGAUACCCGACUCUCGAACAGCUGAGAAGACCAGCCGCUGCCCCGGAAGACUCUGGCUCGAAUGGCGAAGAGGAUGAGGGUAGACCCAGCGACGAGCCCAUUGACCCAGCGAUUCUGGACUCCGAAGGACGGAGCGUCGUACUCGAAUUCCCAGCCUUUGUACUCAUUGGAGUAUAUUGUCCAGCCAAUCGAGACGAAAGCCGCGAUACUUUCCGCCUCGGCUUUCUGAAUGCUCUUGAUGCUCGAAUCCGGAACCUGGUCGCGAUGGGGAAGCGGGUGUUCGUGACGGGCGACAUCAACAUUGCCAAGCAGGCCAUCGACUCGGCGCAUGCACUGGAAGCCAUUCGCAAGAACCAAUCAACAGAGGACGCGUAUAUUUCUGUGCAAUCCCGAAGGAUGUUCAAUCAGCUGCUGGACGAUGGGAAGGUUGUUGGAUCUCGCGAGGAGGGCAGGGAGCAGCCUGUGAUGCACGACAUAUGCAGGUCCUUCCAUCCUGACCGGGCUGGGAUGUAUACUUGCUGGGACACGAGACUCAACACUCGACCGGGAAACUUUGGGGCGCGUAUCGACUAUGUGCUGUGCAGUCUCGACAUGAAGGACUGGUUUGCAGACUCGAAUAUCCAAGAAGGCUUGAUGGGAUCGGAUCAUUGUCCUGUUUACGCCGUCUUCAAGGACAGCGUACCUCGUGAUGGGGAAAUGGUACACAUUCGGGAUGUUAUGAAUCCACCGGGGACGUUCAAGAAUGGCGAGCGUCAGAAGGAGUACUCGUCGCAGUGGAUACUACCAGGGUCAGGACGCCUGCUACCGGAGUUCGACGUCGACAAGCGCCGCAGCAUCAAGGACAUGUUCGCCCGCAAGCCAGCUCCCAGUCUCUCACGCGCGUCCUCCACGGCCAGUGCUAUCGACAACACACCCACAGCUCUAGACCCAGAAGCCACUGCAUUACAAUCUCCCACCCCCGGCGAAAAGCCUCUCAACCCAUCGAUCUCCAGCCAGAAUCAAGCCUCGAAUACCCUGUCUCGCAAAAGAUCACAGCCGGUGCCAGCGACAUCCGUGAAACGCUCCAAGUCCUCGGCUACACCAUCUGCAUCCACCGCUGCAGCAGGCCAGAAGACACUCAAAGGCUUCUUCAAGCCCAAGCCCGUCGAGAGCACCACCUCCAGCAAGCCCUUUACAGAGUCACCAAAAUACAGCAACCAACCCAGCUACGACGGGACAUCAUCGCCUACGAACAAGAGUGCGAACGCGACACCCAUCACUAACACCGCAGGAACUACCUCCCAGCCCUUCGAACCCACCGCCGCUACCCAUUCCCCUACCGCAGCGACCCGUUCUACACACUCCUCGCCCAGCAAGUCCCAACCAGACACCUUCAUCGAUCCCAUCGUCAGCAAAGAAGACUGGAACAAGCUCUUCACGAAGAAACCUGCCCCCCGCUGCGACAGCCACCAAGAACCAUGCGUAAGCUUGACUACAAAGAAACCCGGCAUGAACCGCGGCCGCGCAUUCUGGAUCUGCCCACGGCCACUCGGUCCCAGCGGCGAGAAGGAGAAGGGUACACAAUGGCGUUGUCCUACGUUCAUCUGGGCCAGCGAUUGGAACUCGCCUUCGCAGGGGGAGUGA